UGUUCUUUGUGGGCUUUCUGUUUUGUACUGUUUUAUUCUGACGUUCAUUGGUGCGCCCUGCACGAGACCGAAAACAACUUCCAUCACACGCGGGUGACGUCACGAGGAGUCAGCUCCGGGAAGAGUGCAGUGCAGCUAGUCGGACAUCAUGAGUGAAGAUGAAGCUCACCGUGCCACUUCCACUCCUGCUCCUGCUCGCUGUCGCAGGGCUGAGCCGAGCCCAGGUCAAGACCUCUCUCCUGGAUUUGACCAACAGCAUCGGGAGCGUCCUUCCCAGCCUCAGCCGACCAGCAAACCACAGCCGCAUCUUCUAUGCAGUGAUGUUUGAUGCAGGGAGCACAGGGACACGCAUCCAUGUCUACACCUUCAUCCAGAGUGACUCAGCGGAGCUGCCUGGUUUGGACAAUGAGAUGUUCCAUUCCAUAAAGCCUGGUUUGUCAGCAUAUGCUGACUCCCCUGAAAUGGCUGGACACACAGUGAGGAUGUUGUUGAAGGUGGCCAAGAAGACUGUGCCUCGUCUGGAGUGGAAGAGAACUCCAGUGGUCCUCAGAGCCACAGCUGGACUUCGGUUGCUGGCCGCAGAGAAAGCCCAUGCUCUUCUGGAGCAGGUUCAACGUGUGUUUGACGAAUCUCCUUUCUUGGUCCCAGACAACAGCGUCAGCAUAAUGAACGGCACAAAUGAAGGAAUCCUGGCGUGGGUAUCUGUGAACUUUCUGACAGGUCACCUGAAUGCACAAACCAAGAAGACAGUGGGAAUCUUGGAUCUGGGAGGAGGAUCCACGCAGAUAACUUUCCUGCCAAAACUGAGGAAGACCAUUGAAAGCGUUCCUGUUGCUGAUUACGUUGCCAGAUUUGACAUCUUCAACUCAACAUUUGAAUUGUACACUCACAGUUACCUUGGAAAUGGGCUGAUGGCAGCACGACUGGCCACACUGGGCGCUUUGGGUGCAGAAGGGCUGGAGUGGCGGGUUUUUAAAAGUUCCUGCUUGCCAAAGAAGUUCAGGGAUGAAUGGAGCUUUGGAGGGCAGACCUAUCAAGUGAGCGGGGACCCAGAUGGUUAUGCAGGAUACAAGCUUUGUUAUCAGGAAGUACUUAAGGUGGUAAAGGGGAUUAUUCAUCAGCCAUAUGAGCUUGAAGACAGCAAUGUUUUCUAUGCAUUCUCCUAUUACUUUGACAGAGCGGUGGAUGCAGGCCUUAUCGAUGGGGUCCAAGGAGGGAUGCUGGAGGUCAGAGACUUCAAGAAGAGAGCUAAAGAGGUGUGCAAUAAGAUGACCAAGUACCCACCCAUCAGUUCUUUCCUGUGUAUGGACAUGACCUACAUCACUUGUCUGCUCAAGGAUGGGUUCGGCUUCAAGGAGAGCACUGUGCUGCAGUUGACCAAGAAAGUGUACAACGUGGAGGCAAGCUGGGCUUUGGGCGCCAUGUUGGACCACUUCCACAACCUGAAGAUCCACUGAGGAGAAAGGAGGAACAAAUACUGCUGAUUUAGGUGGUGCUCAAUAACAAACAUUUAAUGUGCACUACCCUUAUCUCACGGUCCCAGACAUCUGCACUUUGUUUCAUAAGGGCAGAACUAACCUCUUGAGUAAUUCUUAAUUUAAAAACAAAAAGUAAUUAUUCAAGUGUUAAUAUAUUGGGUUGUAAAUGAGCAAUGUGUUGCCUUACUCAGAACAAGUGAAGCACUGGAGGUUGACAUUUGAGUGAAAGAUGUUACCAACAACACACUCCAUUAAUGCAGCUUUGGGCAUUACUGGAUACAUAAUUUGUUUGAAAUAGAUGUUUUUUUGUUGUUGUUUUACUCUUGUUAGGCUGGUUGUGCUGUGCAAGACCAGUGUUUACAUGCGGCAAUGUAAUAUACUGUGCUUUAGCAGUUUUUAAUAUCAGGUGUUUUGUAAUUAGUAAUAAGGAUAAUGGGGUAUUCACGUGUCUGGUACAUUUAAAUUUGACAGUCAAUCAUAUCAGCCAUUGAAGUUUUAAAAAUAAGUGGGACUCAUUUUCUAUUAGAGAAUAUCAUCACUGCAUUUCAACCUCAGACUUCUGUUUACAAUGAUAAUGCACAUAACAAUGCAUGGUCAUUAUAUUUUCAUAAACCUUUAAACCCGU